AUGGAACAAGGAGCUGCCCAAAGGAAAAUGAUUUGGGAGAAUGCCAUCCGGAAGGAGACAACAAAAUCUCGCCCAGACCAGGUGCUACCGCUUGGACAAGAUGCCUUAAAAAGAUCAAGAUGCAACGCUCUGCCAUUUAUACAGAACGUCUUCAGGAAGAACUGCGUUCCACUGCGGAUUCACAAUAAAUUUUGCUUUGGUCAGUGCCAUUCCUUUUACGUUCCCGGUUGGCCUUCCGGAUUAUCUCAGCCUUGUCUGUCGUGCGCCCCGAUCCGUUCCCGUCGGGUGUCUGUCCCCCUGCGCUGUCGCGGAGGACAGGUGUGGUGGGAAGAGGUGGUUCUCGUAGAAGAAUGUGACUGUGAGACCCGCUAUGAUCAGCAGUUGAGUCGGGUUGGCAGCGGCGAGGGAUUUCUGCCAGUGUCCUAAAAGCCACAGACUGAAAGACUGUCCGACACAGGGCCUCUAGAAUGGCCUCUGACCUUCUAUAGUCCUUUUUCCACAGGAAAAGUGGGACCCCCUUGAUGACCCCUGAAC